AUGGAGGGUGUCGAGACAUGGAGGGCGUUGACACAUGGAGGGCGUCGACACAUGGAAGGCGUCGACACACUGAAGGUGUCGACACAAGCGACACAUAGAGGACGUCGAUACAUGGAAGGUGUCGACAUAUGGAGCGCGUCGACACAUGGGGGGCGUCGACACAUGGAGGACCCGACCCACACUGCCGACCAGCUGACGCCGACGCCGACGCACCCAUGCUCCUCUAACUACUCCCAGAUCCGACCCACAUUGCCGACCAGCCGAGGCCGACGCCAACGCACCCAUGCUCCUCACACUGCUCUCAACCCCGACCCACGCUGCCGACCAACCGACACCGACGCACCCAUGCCCUCUCACUACUCCCAGACCCGACCCACACUGCCGACGCACCCAUGCUCCUCUCACUACUCCCAGACCCGACCACACUGCCGACCAGCCGACGCCGACGCCGACGCACCCAUGCUCCUCUCACUACUCCCAGACCCGACCCACACUGCCGACCAGCUGACGCCGACGCCGACGCACCCAUGCUCCUCUAACUACUCCCAGACCCGACCCACACUGCCGACCAGCCGACGCACCCAUGCUCCUCUCACUACUCCCAGACCCGACCACACUGCCGACCAGACGACGCCGACGCACCCAUGCUCCUCUCACUACUCCCAGACCCGACCACACUGCCGACCAGCCGACGCACCCAUGCCCUUUCACUACUCCCAGACCCGACCACACUGCCGACCAGACGACGCCGACGCACCCAUGCUCCUCUCACUACUCCCAGACCCGACCACACUGCCGACCAACCGACGCACCCAUGCUCCUCUCACUACUCCCAGACCCGACCACACUGCCGACCAACCGACGCCGACGCACCCAUGCCCUCUCACUACUCCCAGACCCGACCACACUGCCGACCAGACGACGCCGACGCACCCAUGCUCCUCUCACUACUCCCAGACCCGACCACACUGCCGACCAACCGACGCACCCAUGCUCCUCUCACUACUCCCAGACCCGACCACACUGCCGACCAGACGACGCCGACGCACCCAUGCUCCUCUCACUACUCCCAGACCCGACCACACUGCCGACCAACCGACGCCGACGCACCCAUGCCCUCUCACUACUCCCAGACCGGACCACACUGCCGACCAACCGACGCCGACGUACCCAUGCCCUCUCACUACUCCCAGACCCGACCACACUGCCGACCAGACGACGCCGACGCACCCAUGCCCUCUCACUACUCCCAGACCCGACCACACUGCCGACCAACCGACGCCGACGCACCCAUGCCCUCUCACUACUCCCAGACCCGACCACACUGCCGACCAGACGACGCCGACGCACCCAUGCCCUCUCACUACUCCCAGACCCGACCACACUGCCGACCAACCGACGCCGACGCACCCAUGCCCUCUCACUACUCCCAGACCCGACCACACUGCCAACCAGACGACGCCGACGUACCCAUGCCCUCUCACUACUCCCAGACCCGACCGACACUGCCGACCAGCUGACGCCGACGCCGACGCACCCAUGCUCCUCUAA